AUGUUCGCCCUCUUACAACAGGUAAAAGGUCUUCAAUCUGAAUUAUUUUACUUUGAAUUAACUUCAGUGAGCUUUUAGGGGGCUGUUUCGUAACUUUAAUAGUAAAGAGGAAUCAUAUUUAAUCUCAAUUUCGUUCAGGUACCUUUUUGAAAAAUAUAUUUAUUGGCAAAUUCCUAUGCGCAAAAAAAUCAAAAUUAAAAUUAAGUGAGAAAAAAAAAAUGACCGUUCUCUUGCUAAAAGUUACGUGGGACUUGGUCAUGCGCAAUUUGUGUAGUGGAAUUAGGAUAAAAUUGAAUGAAGUUUUCUAGAAGUUUCAUAUGUAGGUAGGUUUUUACAGACUGAUGCGUUUUACAGAGUACAGUUGCCUCCCUACCGUCAUGAAAAUGAUUCCAUAUGCCACUCCAAAGUUGAUAUCUAUGGAUGGAUUAGAUUUAAGUUCAUUGCUCAAUUCGUUUCUGUUUUUUUUUUAAGGUCUCCUUUGAUUUACUCGUCAUUGCUUUAUUGGACUUCAUCAUGAUAUUAAGCACUCAUUCAGAAGUCGAGGCAAGACCCACAGGCUGUGUAACACACCCAUUCAAUAAUUUAAAAGGCACUUCCAGUUCAAGAAAUACUACCCAAAGUUUACCAAAUGUAAGAGAGGCUAGCCUAAAACCAUCAAGCGUUGUCAGCACUAUCGAGCUGCAAGCCACAAGAUCUAAGACUGGGCGAAUAGCAGAGAACCAGAGAGAAAUGCUAACUGCUGACGCCUCUGGGAUUGCCACCACACCUUUUCCAAGGACCGUGAACGAGAAUAUUUGUAUAAAGAGAUAUCGUUACAGAAUUAUAUGCAAUGAUUUCUUCGUAAUCCCUGUUUGUAAAAAGCAUCAAGGCUGCUAUGAAGUGAAAAAGAUCGUGAGCUUUGGAAAAGGAAGAACUUAUGCAAUAACGUUUAAAUGCCAAAGAUUUAAACAACUUCCNGUGAGCUUUUAGGGGGCUGUUUCGUAACUUUAAUAGUAAAGAGGAAUCAUAUUUAAUCUCAAUUUCGUUCAGGUACCUUUUUGAAAAAUAUAUUUAUUGGCAAAUUCCUAUGCGCAAAAAAAUCAAAAUUAAAAUUAAGUGAGAAAAAAAAAAUGACCGUUCUCUUGCUAAAAGUUACGUGGGACUUGGUCAUGCGCAAUUUGUGUAGUGGAAUUAGGAUAAAAUUGAAUGAAGUUUUCUAGAAGUUUCAUAUGUAGGUAGGUUUUUACAGACUGAUGCGUUUUACAGAGUACAGUUGCCUCCCUACCGUCAUGAAAAUGAUUCCAUAUGCCACUCCAAAGUUGAUAUCUAUGGAUGGAUUAGAUUUAAGUUCAUUGCUCAAUUCGUUUCUGUUUUUUUUUUAAGGUCUCCUUUGAUUUACUCGUCAUUGCUUUAUUGGACUUCAUCAUGAUAUUAAGCACUCAUUCAGAAGUCGAGGCAAGACCCACAGGCUGUGUAACACACCCAUUCAAUAAUUUAAAAGGCACUUCCAGUUCAAGAAAUACUACCCAAAGUUUACCAAAUGUAAGAGAGGCUAGCCUAAAACCAUCAAGCGUUGUCAGCACUAUCGAGCUGCAAGCCACAAGAUCUAAGACUGGGCGAAUAGCAGAGAACCAGAGAGAAAUGCUAACUGCUGACGCCUCUGGGAUUGCCACCACACCUUUUCCAAGGACCGUGAACGAGAAUAUUUGUAUAAAGAGAUAUCGUUACAGAAUUAUAUGCAAUGAUUUCUUCGUAAUCCCUGUUUGUAAAAAGCAUCAAGGCUGCUAUGAAGUGAAAAAGAUCGUGAGCUUUGGAAAAGGAAGAACUUAUGCAAUAACGUUUAAAUGCCAAAGAUGUAAACAACUUCCCUCAUCGUGA